GCUUUGGUGGCGUACCCGAGCAAAAAUGAAGAUGUUCAAUACUGUUUUCAAGACAGAAACUCUUCCUGCAGAAAGGUUUUGCUAUCGACAUCUAUCUACAUAACAAUGUACAUCUUCUUCUCAUUGUUUUCAGCGGUUACAGUAUUUUUGAACGUACUGGUGAUCAUCUCCAUCUCUCACUUUAAGCAGCUCCACACUCCAACCAACCUGCUCAUCAUAUCUCUGGCUGUGUCAGAUCUCCUGGUGGGACUGAUUGUGAUACCAGUAGUGACUGUAGCGAUAAUGGAAUCAUGCUGGGGAUUUGGGGAAUAUUUCUGUGUGUUUAAUUUCUACAUUGCUUGUUUAUGUACUUCUUUAUCUCUGGGCAAUUUGGUCUUGAUAUCUAUUGACCGCUAUGUUGCUGUGUGUGAUCCCUUAUUGUACCACUCUAAAAUAACAAUACCAAGAACAAUGUGUUCUAUAUCCAUUACCUGGUUUUGUUGUAUCAUGUACCGUGCUGCUAUUAUAAAACACUUUGUAAAUAUACAGGUACCCAGUAGGUGUUUGAAGGAAUGUUUUAUUGUAGAAGAGUUAAAUUGGGUUAAUAUCAUUAGCCUUGUAUUUACAAUGGUUGUCCCGUGCUCUAUUAUUAUAACACUUUAUAUGAAAAUCUUUGUAGUGGCCAGAUCACAGGCCAGAAAGGUAUUUUCAAAAGAGGCUGCCAGUGUGUCUGGUGCUAAAACUGUACAGGCAAAUAAGUCUGAGAGAAAAGCAGCAAAAACUCUAGCAAUUGUUGUUUUCAACUAUCUCAUUUGUUGGAUUCCAUUUUUGUUCAUAAAUAUGUUUGUUUUUUCAAGUGACAAUUUUUCAUUCAUCAUCGGCUUUCUGCCACUUGUUAAUUCCUUAAUUAAUCCAAUAAUUUAUGCUUUCUUUUAUCCGUGGUUCAAAGUGACAGCUAAACAUAUUUUAACUCUGAAGUUAAGUGCAGAGCACGGAUCCCUCACCCUGGACUUCAAAGCAGAGAACUGGCGUAAACCGGGUCGUUACAAUGGACUGGUGCUGGAGCUGUCUCCACACCCUGACAACGGACAGUUUCAUGUCCCACCACCCAGGGAAGGCUGUCCCGUUCAGAAGAAGAAGAGCGCUGUCUACUUCCCGGUGAGGCCCUCUACAGAAGAGGAGCGCUGUUUACCUCCCGAAGAGGACCGCUGUCGACCUCCCGGUGAGGCCCUCUACAGCAAAAAGAGCGCUGUCGACCUCCCGAAGAGGAGCGCUGUCUACUUCCCGAAGAGGAGCGCUGUCUACCUCCCGGUGAGGCACUCUACAGAAGAGGAGCGCUGUCGACCUCCCGGUGAGGCCCUCUACAUUAAAAAGAGCGCUGUCUACUUCCCUGUGAGACCCUCUACAGAAGAGGACCGCUGUCGACCUCCCGGUGAGGCCCUCUACAGCAAAAAGAGCGCUGUCGACCUCCCGGUGAUGCCCUCUACAGAAGAGGAGCGCUGUUUACCUCCCGGUGAUGCCCUCUACAGAAGAGGAGCGCUGUCUACCUCCCGCAAAAAGAGCGCUGUCUACUUCCCUGUGAGACCCUCUACAGAAGAGGACCGCUGUCGACCUCCCGGUGAGGCCCUCUACAGCAAAAAGAGCGCUGUCGACCUCCCGAAGAGGAGCGCUGUCUACUUCCCGGUGAGGCCCUCUACAGAAGAGGAGCGCUGUCUACCUCCCGGUGAGGCCCUCUACAGAAGAGGAGUGCUGUCUACCUCCCGGUGA